AUGAACACGACAGCUCAUCCUGGUCUGAGCCAAGGCUUCCACAACUGGAGCCAAACCGCGUCACCGCUGAACGAGGACUUCUCAUCUCAGGACAAGGACUCGUCGGCCGGAUGCUACGAGCAGCUGCUGAUCUCCACCGAGGUGUUCCUCACUCUGGGCAUCGUCAGCCUGCUGGAGAACAUCCUGGUGGUCGCUGCCAUAAUCAAGAACAAGAACCUUCACUCGCCGAUGUACUUCUUCAUCUGCAGCCUCGCCGUCGCUGACAUGCUGGUCAGCGUCUCCAACGCCUCUGAGACCAUCGUCAUCGCGCUCAUCAACGGAGGCAACCUGACCAUCCCCGUCACGUUGAUCAAGAGCAUGGACAACGUGUUCGACUCCAUGAUCUGCAGCUCCCUGCUGGCCUCCAUCUGCAGCCUGCUGGCCAUCGCAGUCGACCGCUACAUCACCAUCUUCUACGCGUUGAGAUACCACAACAUCGUCACCCUGCGGCGGGCCAUGCUGGUCAUCACCAGCAUCUGGACGUGCUGCACCGUGUCUGGCAUCCUCUUCAUCAUCUACUCGGAGAGCACCACGGUGCUCAUCUGCCUCAUCACCAUGUUCUUCACCAUGCUGGUGCUCAUGGUGUCGCUGUACGUGCACAUGUUCCUGCUGGCGCGCCUGCACAUGAAGCGCAUCGCGGCGCUGCCGGGCAACGCCCCCAUCCACCAGCGAGCCAACAUGAAGGGCGCCAUCACCCUCACCAUCCUCCUCGGGGUGUUCGUGGUGUGCUGGGCGCCGUUCUUCCUCCACCUCAUCCUCAUGAUCACGUGCCCGAGGAACCCGUACUGCACCUGCUUCAUGUCCCACUUCAACAUGUACCUCAUCCUCAUCAUGUGCAACUCCGUCAUCGACCCCAUCAUCUACGCCUUCCGCAGCCAGGAAAUGAGGAAGACCUUCAAAGAGAUCUUCUGCUGCUCUCACGCUCUGCUGUGUGUGUGA